AUGGGAGUUCUGGUGACGGGGUUUGGUCCCUACGAUAUAGGGUUUGAUAAAGCCGACGUUAAUGCGAGUUGGGAGGGUGUUCAGAGGAUCGAUAAAGAAGGAAUCCAAGCAAAAUAUGGGAUCCAGAUGAUCGUUCAGCAUUUGCCAGUGGAUUAUGAUGAAGUGCAAUCGAAGAUGACGGAGCUAUGGGACGAGUACAAAGACUUUGAUCUGGUAAUGCACGUAGGUCUUCUAAAAAAUAUACAAGGGCUCAGACUUGAAAAACAAGCUUGCAAAGAGUCCUAUUUCUUUGGAGACUGCAAAGGAUGUUGUCCUGUGGACUUCGAACAUCCCCUCGGAGAAAAUGAGGCUGUGUUUAACACGUCUUUGGAUGUUGAUGGUAUCUUAGACGAAUAUAACUCUGAACCACCGGAACAACUGUUGGCUGAAGUUUCAGAGGAUGCUGGCAAGUUUUUAUGCGAAUAUGUUUACUUCACAUCGCUGUAUCAUUCAGAAUCAAAGAGGGUGAUGUUCGUCCAUGUUCCUCACGAAGGGUACUCCUACGAACAAAUUGCACGAGGCCUGGAGCGGUUACUUGAAAUUGCUUUAAAGCUUUGUAUGAACUAG